AUGCUGGAAAUAGGAAUACAAGAGUUGUGGCAUUUCAGCCCUACUCCCAAGCUGAGUUAUAUGGCAUCUAAUCCUUCUGGCAAAAGAGAAGAAGGCUGGAAAAGACAAAGAUCAGGAUGUAUACACGUUAAGUGGUGGACAAUUGUUUGGACAGAGAAGAACUUGGAAAAACUGGUACGUAGGAGUAGGUUUCUAGGAUGUUUUAGAAAGAAGCAUGUGAAUGGAACUUCUGGAAUGGAUUCAGAGUGUGAUAAUAUUAUGCACCAUGUGAAUGUUCACCAAAAGGCUCCCAGUGCAGUGGGGACUCUCAAUACACUGGUGGUUUUCAGUCACCUCUUUCCCAAGCCUUCUUACUGCUUGGCCAAAGGAUGCCAUGACCUUGAGGGCAAGGAUGUAGAGGACUGUUCAACCUCUGCUGACCCUGAUCAGAAGCACUCUUUUCCUGUUCAGUCUAGAGAAUUGACUGGAUGGCCAACACAACCUCAGGAAGGGCACCAAGAACUGGAACCAGGACUGAUGGAAAGAUACACAUGGUUUACAGCAGUAGGUCUCAGCUGGAGGCGCCACCAGUCUCAGAGCGUUUCCCUCCGCGGCGGCGGCGGCGGAAGGCGGCCCGGGCCCUGGCAGGCCCAUGGCGGCAGCGGGCGCGGCGCUCCCGGGCACGGACGGGCCUCCCGCGGGCGGCGGCGCCGGCGCCGGGGCGCGGGCGGCGGGUCCCCGCCGGGCGGCUGGGCCGUGGCGCGCCUCGAGGGCCGCGAGUUCGAGUACCUGAUGAAGAAGCGCUCGGUGACCAUGGGGCGCAACUCGUCGCAGGGCUCGGUGGACGGGAGCAUGGGCCACUCGAGCUUCGUCUCGCGGCGCCACCUCGAGAUCUUCGCGCCCCCGGGCGGCGGCGGCGGCGGCGCCGGCCAUGGCGGGGCGGCCCCGGAGCCGUCGGCGCAGCCCGGGCCCGACGCGGGCGGCGACUUCUACGUGCGCUGCCUCGGCAAGAAGGGCGUGUGCGUGGACGGCGUGUUCCAACGGCGCGGGGCGCCGCCACUGCAGCUGCCGCGCGUGUGCACGUUCAGGUUCCCGAGCACAAACAUCAAGAUCACGUUCACUGCCCUGUCCAGCGAGGGAGAGGGAGAAACAGGGAGCGCCCGAAUCCCCCGUGAAGCCCGUGCAGGCUCACAUCUCGCCGCUGACCAUCAACAUUCCAGACGCCACGGCCCACCUCAUCAGCCCCCUCCCCUCGCCCACAGGAACCAUCAGGGCUGCGAACUCCGGUCCAUCCAGCCCCCGGGGAGCAGGGUCUUCAGGGUACAAAAUGGGCCGUGUGAUACCAUCCGACCUCAAUUUAAUGGCCGACAACUCAACAGCCAGAAAAUGAGAAGGAAGCUUCAGGUGGAGACAGCCCAAAGGAUGAUUCAAAGCCACCUUAUUCCUAUGCACAAUUAAUCGUACAAGCAAUUACGAUGGCUCCUGAUAAACAACUCACCCUAAAUGGAAUUUAUACGCACAUCACGAAACACUAUCCCUACUAAAGGACUGCGGACAAAGGCUGGCAGCUAUACGUCUGCUGACAUACGUAGCUUUUUGAAGUCUGCACAGAGAUGGUUUUCACACUGUUUUACUGAGGAACCCUUUCUUCAAAAGAGACCUCCUCCAGUUGGCCAGUAUACAAAACAGAUGAACACAGCGCUGCCCUGUUUCAAUGGUCCACCUGUACUUCCAGCCUGUUCCUGGGCUGUCUGUGAAUCCAGGCCUCCUCAGAGGACACUUUGAAAUUGGUGCAUAGUAUUUCCAUUGUUUAGCGUUUUAAUUUAGUUUAAUUUUUAAACCUCUACAUUGUGUAUGUUUUUCCUUGUUCUGCGUGUCUGUGUUAUGCGUAGCCAUUUACUAGGUGUUUAGCAGGACCUCACUAAUUCAGACAGUACGGGAAAGGGUAGGUUUGAAGUAUGGAGUAGUAAAAGCAUCACAAAAGAGAGACGAAACAUGCAUUUACAUAUUUUGAAUUUACUAAGUAACCAGGAAUGGCUACAGAAUUCCUUUGAGGCUUAAUGAGUAAAUGAUCCUUUGAAAAAUGCAUCUGU